AUGUCGUUGAACGUCAUCGCCCUCAUCUCAGGGGGCAAAGACUCCCUCUACUCCAUCCUCCACUGCAUCCGUAACGGUCACAAUGUCGUCGCCCUCGCCAACCUCCACCCCGCACCCUCCCCCAAUGCCCCUCACACCUCCGAAUCCGGCGACCAAGGACAAGAACAAGAGGAAGAAGACAUAGACAGCUUCAUGUACCAAACCAUCGGCCACAGCAUCAUCCCCCUCUACGAGAAAGCCCUCUCUAUCCCUCUCUACCGAGGCGCCAUCGCCGGUUCCGCAGUCGACACAUCGCGCAUCUACCGUUCAAACGACCCCACCCCCACCCAACCAGCCGACUCAGGCUCAAACACCCCCACCGACUCAAACGAAGACGAAACCGAAUCCCUCAUCCCCCUCCUAAAGCGCAUCCUCCAAGCCCACCCAGAAGCCAACGCCGUCUGCGCCGGCGCCAUCCUCUCCACCUACCAGCGCACGCGCAUCGAAGACGUCGCCGCCCGUCUGCGUCUUACCCCGCUCGCCUGGCUAUGGAUGUACCCGUCUCUUCCCGGGGCGGAGCUUCUGUCAGAUAUGGCAGCCGUGGGUUGCGAGGCGCGCAUUGUGAAGGUUGCGUCGGGGGUCUGGACGAGGGGUUCUUGUGGGGUGAUGUUGCGGAUGGGAUGGGGAAGACGCGGCGGUCGUUGGAGCGUGUUAUGGGGAGGCUGUGUUGGGGGGUUGGAGGGGGUUCGGGAGAAGGGGCUCGCGGAGGAGGAGGGUAUUGUUGGCACCAUGGCGGUGCCGGAGGUCUCCCAGGCAAGGGACAACACAACGUGGACGAUUUCCAACGUCACUGCGCCCGAGGCUGGUCCUGGCGCCGGCGAGCAGAUGGACGCGAUCGCCACCAAGAUACGUGCGCUACUAGGCGAGACGAGAACCCCCUCGGAUAUCGUCUUUACGACGGUCCUGCUGCGCGACAUGGCCGACUUCCCCGGCAUGAACGCCGUCUACAACUCCCUGUUCGACAAGCCCAACCCCCCCGCGAGAGCUACGGUCGCGUGCGGAGACCGACUACCGCACGGCGUCCAGGUCAUGGUGUCGCUGGUGGUGGACCUGGGCGCGAGAGAUAUACGACUCGGCCUCCAUGUGCAGUCGCGGUCGUACUGGGCCCCAGCGAACAUCGGCCCGUAUUCGCAGGCCCUGUCCAUCCCGCUACAGGGCGCAGAGCGCCUCGUCUACAUCGCCGGCCAGAUCCCGCUGGAGCCGGCGUCUAUGGAAGUGGCCGGGUUGGAGAAGCCGUGGGCCGAGGGGUAUGCCCUGCGAACUGUGUUGUCGCUGCAGCAUCUGUGGCGCAUUGGGGCAGCCGUGCAGGCGACCUGGUGGUUGGGAACGGUGGCUUUCGUGACCGGGAGCGAGAACAUCGAAACUAAGGUGAAGAUGGCAUGGCGGUCGUGGGCCGCCAUGCACCGUCCCCCAUGCGACGACGACGCGGACGAGGAAGAGCCGACGCUGGACGCGUGGGACAUCAAGUAUGGCCGUCGAGCGCCCGAGCAAACGGAGACGGAAGACCCUACGCUCCCCGACUUCACGCUCGUCGAGUCGGACGUCCUGGUUCCGCCGUUCCUCGCCGUCCAGGUCGAGCAACUGCCGCGCGGGAGCGACAUCGAAUGGCAGGGUCUAGGCUGCCAAUGCAACGGAUUGAAGAUGGCCGCUCAGGACUGCGACCACGGACGCCAGACCGACACGACCACGUCCCACGGUCUGCGCUAUACAGGGAUCGAAAUCGACCACGGCGCGGAGCUGGAGAAAUGUCUGCAAGGGGUGCUGGAAACCUUCUCCGAAUCCGACGGCCAACACGCCGUUCUCUAUACCUCCCAGCCGCUGUCAUCCACCUGGCCGGGGCAGAUUGUGCCUUGUCGGUCCGUCUGGGGCCAGCACGGACGGAAACUGGCGGCGGGGAUCUUCUUCCAGCGACACAUUGCCACUCGCUAAGGAAAAUAUACCCCCCUUGUACAUAGCGGGUCAUUCAAACGCCUGGACUCUGACCCAGGGAGGCGAAGUCUAUUAUUGGCAUGGGUCGUCUGAUAUGAGCCAAGAUCGGUCCCGAGAACGUGCAGUAGGAUAUCAUGACCGUCACGAUGAUUCGUGGGGAGGGAUCCAGCAGUCGCCAUCAUUGCCAUCUGUGCACGGAGUCCAUCAUAGACAUUUUACGUUAGAUCAACUUAUAUUAGAAUCAAUCAAUC